UUAACUGGGCCUGCUCAGCUCUCUUGGCGGACGCGCGAUUCGUCUCGAUUCUGUUAUUUUUUUUUUAAAUCGUUCUACGACACAUGUGUUUCGUGCCCAAAGAUUUCACCGUGAAGAAUAUGUUCCCUCAAAGACGGUCACAAACGCCUUACCGAUUAUUUGUUAUCUAAAAGUAUUGGAAGCCAUAUUACGGGUUCCUCUACACCAAACUCCAAUGCAUCAUCACGUUCCGACCAACAAAAACGCCAUUCGAAAAGAUCUUCGAGGUCCAUUUAAAUACGUGAGAGUUAUUCAAAAGUCAUGCCCCCGCGAUUAUUUGUAUUUUAUUUCCCGUCGUCUCGCGGGGGACAAGGGGAGACCCCAACAUCAGUUAUUGAUUUUAUAGUGUAGGCUAGAAAAGCAAUGUUCAACAUCUCUGCCUUUGCAAUCAUUUAUUUGCAAAAUGUAUAUUAUAAUAUGGGCCGGUGAGACGACUCCACACUCGCUAGCGGUGCAUGGUUAUGAUGAACACUUCCAACGGUAGUCAAUCAAACGAACAGAUAGCCAUGGUUGUGAGUUCACCAGCAGGCCUUUCUGGCCCAUCAGAUGAUGAUGAAGACAAUUGCCCAUCUUCGCCAAGCUCCUAUGAUGAAGGAGCCGAUCUUUUAACAGCCGCUAUGGGAGAUGAGGUAACAGCGCAACUAGCAGCAGCUGGGCCCGUUGGCGUCGCCGCAGCCGCUGCUAUCGUCUCGGCGAAGAAACGGAAGCGGCCCCAUUCAUUUGAAACUAACCCAUCGAUUCGAAAGCGCCACCAGAAUCGGCUCCUACGCAAACUUCGACAAACGAUCGACGAAUUCGCGACACGUGUUGGUCAGCAAGCGAUCGUCUUGGUGGCAACUCCGGGGAAACCGAACACCAGCUAUAAAGUAUUCGGUGCGAAACCGCUUGAAGAUGUCAUCAAAAAUCUCCGCUCCAUGAUAAUGGAAGAAUUGGAGAGUGCCCUCGCGCACCAAGCACCUCCCCCGGUUCAAGAUGAUCCCACACUCUUCGAAUUGCCACCGUUGAUCAUCGAUGGUAUUCCGACUCCCGUUGAGAAGAUGACACAAGCUCAAUUGCGCGCUUUUAUACCAUUGAUGUUAAAAUAUUCGACUGGAAGAGGAAAGCCGGGAUGGGGAAGGGAAUCUACGCGUCCACCGUGGUGGCCCAAAGAAUUACCUUGGGCAAAUGUUCGAAUGGAUGCUAGAAGUGAGGAUGAGAAACAAAAGAUAUCUUGGACUCACGCCCUUCGACAAAUUGUUAUUAAUUGCUACAAAUACCACGGACGUGAAGAUUUACUGCCAGCGUUUACCGAAGAGGACGAGAAAGCAAAUGCCGUAGCAACGGCAAACGCAAAUGUCAGUACCUCAGUUGGGGUGCUAAAAAUGCAUACGAGCUCGAUACCAACUCAUAAGAUACAGAUCCAAGCUAAUGGCUCACCUCAGAUCAUAGCCACAUCGCCCGAGGUUAUAUCGGGCUCUUCCACGCAGGUCUGCCUUGACCCUGCCGGAUAUAGUUCCGAUGUGGAUACGAUUCCCACCUUGCAGAUAACGACGCAGUACCCGGCUGUGCUGCACACCAUUACCAAUCCGGAUGGAUCCGUAAGCAUCGUUCAAGUCGAUCCUAACAACCCGAUCAUUACGCUACCUGAUGGUACAACAGCCCAUGUGCAAGGUAUGGCCACCAUACAAUCUUCACAAGGCGAUGGCACGCCAGUGCACACAAUUCAAACGAUCAGUGAAGGAAGUGGCCAAGGAGAAGUCGUUGAUUUAAAUUCUGUUACGGAAGCAACACUUAAUACUGAAGGACAAAUUAUUCUUACUGGUGAAGAUGGACAUGUGAGUGGAGUAAUAACGGUACCGGUAUCGGCAUCGAUGUAUCAAACGAUGGUGGCAAAUAUACAACAUCUUCAUACGGCUGGUGAUGGAACGGUUUGUGUUACACCUGUAGUACAAGUACCGAAAGUUGAACCAAAUAGCGGAGAUAACAUGGAAACGUUGACGGUAGCGCCGGCGGGUCUAACUACACAUUCCAUGAUGAUACAGGGUUCGGGUAACGACCCCCCGCAAGUAUUACAGGUGCUGUCCUUAAAAGACGCAACUGUGUUGACCAAAGCAAUGGCGAGCAUCGCGGACGUAAAAACGGAAGAAACAAUUAUUAGUGACCAGUAGGAGGGUGUGUAGUCUCGCCAAAUAAAAAAAUUAAUUAAUUAACUUACCGCGCGUAUACCACCUGAAAAAAUACAUACAUGUAAAUAUACAAGUCGAAAACGAAAUAAUUAAAAAAUACUAAGACAAGAGUCAAAGUGUUUAUUCUUGUAAUGAAACAUUUUAAAUAGUUAGAAAUUGUUUUGUGCGUGCGCAGAAGAUUCUCCAACUAUUUCUAAUCAUUACUCGAAUAACUAAAGAAAAAAUUUAAGUUUUAAAAACAAAGUGUUUAAAAAAAAUGAAAAAAAGUCUAGUUUUUUUAUAUACAUGGGUCUAAUAAUGAACCGACUAUACAAAACAUAUUUUACUACUUUUAUUUUGUGUCAAGUUUUCGAAGGGUUUUGACAGAUCAUUUAUCGACUUUAUUAUUUGUUUUGACUUUAUUAAUAGAUUGUUAAAAAACUUUUGCGGGAGUAUAGUUCUGCGUGAUAAACUUUUUUUAUUGGUCUAAUGUUAUUUACCAAAGUGUUUUAUUUUCUUUCUUCGCUGAAUAUAUACGAAUAUUUCUUGUUGGAUCAUUUUAUUUUUUUGCCCAAUCAUUUUUAUUUGUAUUUGAUUUUUGAUAUCAAUAAAUAUCUCACAAAGGUUACAUCUAUUUCUGUAUUAUUGUUUAAUAAAAAAAUAUACCAACAUUAUUAUUAAAUAAA